GCCCGUUUGGGGAAGGGAAGCGCCGGUUGUCCCGGUCAGUAAAUGGAUGGGAGGCCACCAGGAGAUCCAACUCCAGGGCUGACCAAGAAAUGGUUUUAAGCAUCCUUGAGGCAACAUGAUAGAUCCUGUUGAAAACAAUUUAUUUGAUCUUCCUGAUUAUGAACACACACAAGAUGAGACCUUUCAGCCCCUCCUACCCCCAGACUCUCCAGGGGGGGCAGCUGAAGAUGCCUUACUCAAUGGAGAUCCAGAGGGAAAUCAGUUGACACAAAGCAAGGAUUCUUCUGCGACCACAAGAAGAGCCGUUAAAAGAACAAUACCUAAAUUAGAUGCUCAAAGAUUAACUUCAGAGCGAGGACUUCCAGCUUUGUGCAAUUUGUUCGACAACGUAAAAUUCAAAGGUAAAGGUCAUGAGGAAGCCGAUCUGAAGACGCUUAUAAGGCACAUGGAACAUUGGGCCCACCGCCUCUUCCCUCAAUUUCAGUUUGAAAAUGUUGUGGAGAGAAUAGAGAGCUUGGGAAAUAAAAAACCUGUCCAGACGUGCUUAAAGAAAAUUCGACUUGAUCUCCCUCUUUCGAACGAAGACUUCAGAAGUCAUGAAGGUGAAGAUGAGAACAACAGACUAAGCCCAGCCGCCGAGGAACCAGUUUUCCUUCCCGAAACGCAGAAUACCCCAAAAGAAUCUGGUUCUCCAUCUUUAAGCCCUGCCCUGACCGAGGAGCAACAGCAGAGAAUAGAAAUGAACAGACGGAGAGCCCUUGAGAGAAGACAAGCCAAAACCCAGCUCAGUCAAUCUCAGAGCGAUGAGUUGCCUAUAAAUGAAGAAUGCAGCACCAUUACAACUCAGGAGAAGGACGAUGUCUGCAUAGACAAAGCUGGUGUCCCUUUUCAAGCUACCGAGGACACGCAAAGUAGUGCAGACCAAGUGACUUUUUAGUUGUGUGGUAUAGGAAUAGUGUAGUUUUUGUUUUUACUGCAACUUUAGAUGCCGGGGCUGGUUAAUUUGGCAGCUGCUAUAAUUUUCAGUGUUUUCUGUUAUGCCAACAUUUUAAAGAAGUGUUUUCAUUUCAGCGGAAGAACAUUUUAAGCUUUAAAGCAACAUUUGUACAGGAAACGUUAAUGAAAACUAUACAUAAAAGUCAAAUGAUGCUAUAUUUCUACAAUUUAAAUCUUUUAUAACUUUCCCAUUGUGAAAUAUUUGUAAUUGCCCAUAUUUUAUAAUAGAAAUGAAAAUAAUAAAUCUUGGAAACCAGAAGUAAUAUAUAAGCUUCAAACUGAAAAAAAUAUAUAUACUAAUGCUGUAA